AUUGGCUAUAAUCUGUCUGUGUCCAUGCCGAUGUGUGUUGCUUGGCUUUCUAACGGUUAGCUAACCGCUAAUGUUGAUGCUUGCGAUUUCCGCCUGUUUCCACACAUUAUUACCUAUAUCGUCAAAUAUUACACAAAGCGUGUCUGCAGUUGGAUAUUCUGCUGUUAACGAUUUCACAUUGUCUCUGGGAUGAUGAAUGGAAACCCUCCCUCAGCUGUGUGGAGAUGACCUGCCACCCUUUCGGGAAUGGUCAGAAUGGGGCCAGAUGUGCCCCUUCUAAAUGAGUAUAAGCAGGAGUUCUUCUGGAAGCGCUUCCCCCAGACAGUGUUGGGGGGUCCACGCUUCAAGUUGGGCUACUGUGCCCCGCCGUAUGUCUAUGUCAAUCAGGCAGUCCUUUUCUUGACACCAUGGCUUUUUGGGGGCAUUGGUACUCUGCUCUGCCAGCUGCAGCUGCUUCAGGAACUCCACGCCGCAGUGCUCUCUGGUAUGCUUAUGUUCGGGGCUGCAGCGGGUGUCCAGGCCCUGGCAUUGUACGCUGCACGGAGGAGUGGCACAGUGGAGAGACUUGGUGCGCCCAACAUCCUAGUUGAUGAAGAGGAAGUAGAAUUUACCCACUGUGUCAGCCCAGAGACAGUGCGAUUCAUAGCCCCUGGGAAGAGGUUUGGGCUGAACAUGGUGGUGCAUACAGUACUAGCUGGGGUGCUCUGUGGCUUCGGGACAUGGUAUCUGUUCCUUGGCAGAUUGACUGCUCUCUACGGCAGCAUAGGUGUAUCCCUGGUAGUCUUUGUCCUGAGUUGGGUGACUCUGUGUAUAGCGGAGUAUUCCCUCAUUGUAAAUACAGCCACAGAGACAGCCACUUUCCAGGCACAGGACACUUAUGAAAUCACCCCACUAACCCGGCCCCUCUACAUUUUCAUUUUCAUUGCUGUGGACUUGGCUGAUAGGUUCUCAGGCCCUGUGCCUGAGCUCCAACUGGCCAGCCAGGUUCUCCACGUGCUUUUCUUCUUCCUACCUCUGCUGUGGGCGCUGGGCAUACUGCCUCCCCUGGAUGCCCUGCUCCUCUGGGGCAUGGAGCAGGCUCUCGUGUUUGGAUUAGGAGGCUCCCCCAUGUCCAGCAACCUCAGGCUGCUGCUGAUGUUUGGCGUAUCUGCUGGCGUAGCUGUGUGUAAUUACUUUAUCCCAUCAACGCUGGGUGUGGUUCUCUUCUCCAUCUCUACGGGAUUUCUCUUGAGCCUGGACCUCAGCCAGGUUGGCACACUCUGCAGAGGCUCCAGGGCAGCAUGUGGGGACCGUGGGUUGCGUAGAGGAGUGUCACCACCUCCUCCUCCCAGUUCCUUUGGGUGGAAUCUGGGCUGCGGGGAGCUGCUUCUAUAUUUGAGCCUGCUACUGGUGGCAAUGGCAGGGGCAGGGCUGUUGCAUCACUUCCUUGGUUCAGCUCAGUCCCAGAGCUUGAUUACUGGACCCCAGGCUCCUGUCAGCUACCUCCUCCUGGUACUCUUCUCCCUCUGCUGGGCUCUCAGAGAGAUCCAGGGGGCUUAUGUUUUUGGAGGGGUGUUGCUCAAUCCCUUGUACCCUAAAGGCAUGUCCAGUGUGCAGACUUUCAAGCAGAGGAACAGAGGAUUGUUCAUUGCUGCAGCAAUCAGAAGAGUCCUUCUUUAUCUUGUGUCUCCAUUUGCAAUGAUUGCUUUCCUGUCCAUGGACAAAUCCCUGCAGCUGCUCCAUAGGGCUUCUCUCAGUGUGGGAUUCACACGAGCCUUUAGAGUGGUGUGGCAGAACUCAGAGGAUGCUCUCCUCCAAAUGGCUGUGGUGAUCUUGGUGCGGCUCGCAGCUGGAAACAAUAUGCUACCAGGGUGGGACAACCUGGGCACUGGAGUUCAGCUCCUUCUGGUUGGCCUCCUGAUUGACAGACUGACCCAGUUCCUGGCCAAGCUAAAGUUCACCCUGACUGUGUUGGUGACAUCUUGGACUGAGAAGAAGCAGCGCCGUCAGUCAGCUGGAACUCUGCUGGCUCUUAACGCUUCCCUUUGUCCGCUGCUGCUGGCAGUGGUGACCCUAUCUGCCCUGCUCUCUGCCCCUCUGCUGCCCCUUUUCACGCUGCCCAUCUUCUUGGUGGGGUUCCCCAGGCCUCAGCGCAGUUGGCCAGGCCCCGUAGGUACCGCCUGUCCUUGCCCGGACUCCAUCUUCUACCAGCAGAUGAGUGGAAGCCUGGCCUCUGCUCUGAGGAUGGCCUUUGCAAGAGGGUCACUGGGUUCUUUAGCCCCAGGCUCUCAUUUUCUGGGCCGCUUUCAGGACCGCAUGGUAUGGAUAAUGAUCCUGGAGAGAGGAUAUGGCUACUGCACUGUCAACAUUAAGGGUCUGGAGCUUCAGGAGACAUCUUGCCACACGGUAGAGGCACGGAGGGUGGAUGAGGUGUUCGAGGCUGCUUUUGAGCGUCCCGAGCGGCUCGGUUUCAUCCAGGGCUUCAACCUGCACUGGGGGAAUGCUCUAACGCCUUGUGCCGCCCUUGCAGUGCGAGUCUACUCCGACGCCCGAAAUGUGCUCUCCGGCAUCAUUGACUCUCAUGACAACUUGAGGAAACUUCAGGAUGACUUUCUGAAAGCGCUGGUCUGGUUGCUCCUACGAUACUGUGUUCAGAAGCAUAAAGGAUUCCUGUGGAGCACUGAAGAAGGGCCAGGUGUCGGAGGCAGAAAGUCCCAGUCUUCACAGCUGCCCCAGACUACUUGCAACCAGCAACCGGAGGCUGUCAUGGUGGAAUCUAAUGUAUCUUCUCUCAGGUUCAGACAGGACAGCUCCAGCUUGACAUCCUUUGGUGACUGGUCAGAUGAGGAUGACUUAUUUGGACCCCAACCAGCCAGGCGGACAGUGGCAUUAGUGACUGCAGAAGCCCAGCCUGGACACACAAUGCUGCAGACGGGGGCCUCUCUUCCAGGCUCUGUGGAGAUGGACAGUCUUUUUGAGAACAUGGCUCUAUCGGCCCUGCAGCCGCUGCAGCCUCUGGGACUGGGCAUCGGGAUGCCAGCAGUGGAUAAAGGCUGUAACCCAGAGGUCUUCAGAGAGAGUCCAGGCUCUCUCCCUCAUCUAAAUUUCAGCUGCCCCCAGUCAGAGGUGUUCAAUGUACCAACAGGAUGGAGGACAGCACCGUUACUACCGUCCCGCCUGCUGCAGCUCAGGCCUUUGUUCCCAGAGGACUGGUUUAGGUUUACUUUGGGGCGGUUUGGGCCUGCUGUGCAGGGCGAGACCUCCGAGGACAUGACCAAAGCUCUGAAGGAGGAUGAAGCCUUGAAAGAGCUGCACGCUCAGGUUGCACUUUCAUGUCUCAUCUCCCUGGGGGCAGAGUCUGCCUUCACCAGCCCCAGUUACGUCUACAGGCUCUAUUGUGGAGAUGUGCCAUGGACAGAAGGACUCGACUGGCUCUCUUCAAGUAAAGAACUUUACCAGCUUGCACUUCGGGCUUUCAGGUUCAGUUUCAAGCUGCUGUUUGAUCAAGCAAGCUUAGGGCCCAUGGAGUCCCCAGAAGAGCUGUUCAGCACCUUGGAGGAAUAUGAAAGGGACUGGUACAUCGGACUGGUGACAGAGAAAGGUUGGCAUGACAGCGUCCUUCAGGAGAAACCGUUCCUCUUCUCUCUAGGACAUGACCUUGCUAUGGGUACCUACACAGGGCGAGUCCUGUCCUUGCAGGAGCAGCUGGUGCAGGUGGGCCGUCUGAAUGGAGAAGGGGUGCGAGGCCAGUGGGCAAACCUGUCCUGGGAGCUUCUGUAUGCUACUAAUGAUGACGAGGAGCGCUACAGCAUCCAGGCUCACCCCUUCAUGUUGAGGAACCUAACUGUUCAGGCAGCAGAUCCCCCUCUAGGUUACCCCAUUUACUCCUCUGCGCCCCUCCACUUCCCCUGCCUCUGACCUUUGGUUUCUGCCUUUUCUGCUGAACAUAACUCUUGAGAGGGAGGACGAUGCUUUUCAGUCCGCAGCAAAAUGUCCAUUUCCAAGGUUAAUGGUUGUUAGGAAAUCCACGUGGACACUAUAGCAAAGUCAAGAAAAGUUUUCAGUUUCAAAAGUUUGGGAGUUUUACUUUUGAAACUGCGAAAACACAAGUUCAGGAGUAAUGUCUAUGGAAACCUACUUUGUUUUCCACAUUUUGACUUUUUGGUGCUUUGGUCCUGCACCAUAGAGGAAGAAGCAGUGGCAUCACCACUGUUCCCUGGAACAAGUUGCAAAAUUCUAUUAACAGACUCUAACUGACAACAUGGUCUACUUCCUAGAACAGCACAUUCAAGAAAAUACAUUUCCUUUUUUGGAUCUUUUAAGCAGAAUUAACCAGAUUGGUUUCCACAGAAGCACAUACGUUUUGUGGUUUGCUUAUUAAUGUUUGUGCUUAAAAAAGAAGUGAAUACAUUUGCCCACCUCCCCUGUAGGACCCACCUGCUGAAUACCUCUGGUUUUAUUGUACUUUUUAGAUGUCACAAUUUUCAGGUGACCACCCCUCCAUGUCCACUAAAAAGGGACAAGAAAUUUAAAUGUUUUGUUAAGAUAUCGAGGAUGUGCCUUGGGUAUGUCUUGCUGUAUGUGUAAGGUGUUUAGUGCUAUUGUUUUGUUUACAAUUCACUUGUUUACAAUUUAGAAUGAAAAGUUUGAUGAAUUUGUCCAUAGUCUCUUGUAUAUAUUGUUAAUUUUUAUAUGUGUAUCUGUAUAUA